CCCGACGUGCUCCGUGUUGACCAUGCUCCGCACCCUCCUCAAAACCCACACGCCGGCAGCGGUGCGCUCUAGCAGGCGUUGUUUUGCGAUUGCGAGCGACGCGAGCCCCGGUGAGCUCAGGAAAACUGGACUGUACGACUUUCAUGUCGAACACGGCGCGAAGAUGGUGCCGUUCGCGGGGUACGCGAUGCCGCUGUCGUACGGCAGCGUUGGGGCAGUCGCCAGCCAUAACCAUGUGCGGUCCAGCGCGGGUCUGUUUGACGUUGGCCAUAUGGUCCAGACGAACUUCCGUGGCGGCUCCACAACUGCGUUCCUCGAACAUCUAACACCUUCCUCUCUUGGCCCCCUGCAAGCUUACUCUUCGACACUCUCUGUUCUCCUCAACGAACGCGGCGGGAUCAUCGAUGAUACAAUCCUCACCAAACAUGCCGACGACGCAUUCUAUGUCGUAACCAAUGCCGGGCGGCGCGAGCGGGAUCUCACGUGGUUCGCUACCCAACUCGAGGAGUGGAACGCGGGAGCGGUGGCGAAAGAGAAGGGAAGGGUGGAGAUGGAAGUGCUGGAAGGCUGGGGCCUGCUCGCGUUGCAAGGGCCGAAAGCAGCGAGCUAUCUCCAGCAACUCACGUCGUUUGACCUGCGUAAUCUUACCUUCGGCAAGUCCGCGUUCGUGCCGAUCGAAGGGUUUCACUUGCACGUCGCUCGCGGAGGUUAUACGGGGGAAGAUGGGUUCGAGAUUUCGAUACCGCCGAGUCAAACAGUCGAAGUUGCGCAGAUGCUCUCCAAGGAUCCUAUUCAGCUCACAGGACUUGGGGCGCGGGAUAGCCUUCGCCUAGAAGCAGGGAUGUGCCUUUAUGGAUCGGACCUGGACGAGGAUACCACCCCCGUUGAGGCCGGGUUGACAUGGGUCAUCGGUAAGGAACGUCGGAAGAGUGGGGACUUCAUCGGCGCGGAAGGGGUUAGGAAACACCUCGAAAACGGCCCGCCCCGUCGCCGGGUUGGGUUCAUCGUCGAGGGCGCGCCAGCCCGGCACGGAGCUAAAAUCCUCGCACCGGGAAGCGGCGAGGAACUCGGCGUGGUGACCUCCGGUAUACCCUCUCCGACACUCGGGAAGAACAUCGCCAUGGGAUACGUGAAAAACGGGCACCACAAGAAGGGAACGGAGGUCGAAAUCGAGGUACGGAACAAACUGCGCAAGGCGGUCGUAACGCCCAUGCCGUUUGUGCCGACGAAUUACUACCGGGGGUGAGCUCUUCAGGGGUGCGUGACAUGCUGAUGUGCAGAGUAUCCGGGAAUGGUGCCGGGGACCAUCUUAAAAAACGAUACCAUGACUCAUUACGUGCUCGCAAUUGUAAUCUCAACAUUACUGCAUGCUAUCAAAAUCGUUACUGAUAC